CGCCAAACGCCGCUACUUCAUCCUCGCCACCAACCACUAAAGCAGCCAUGGCCUCACCGACACCCGAGUGGAAGACUUUACUGUCUGCUUCUGACAGAUACGAGACCAUCCAGAAAAUACAGCAUUCCCUGGGCACGGCUAGCAUGAGUGACGCUAUUGCUAUUGAGCAAGCUGCCUUUCAAGUGUCGUCCACACAGGAUGAAUACAAUAUUGCGUGCCAGCCAACCGCCACGCCGCCAGCCCUAUACGCUGAAGCCGACCUCGUAGAGGACUCUGAAGAAGGCGUCCGUAUCGGUCCCUACACCAACUGCAUCCCCAUCUCCGAAGGUGUCACCUCUCAGGUUUAUCGGUCUGGGGACAAGGCCCUCAAAGUCAUCGUCGCCUACCAAAACAUCGAGCCGCACAACCCCCAGCGCGAGGCUAAGAUCCUCAAGCUUCUCCGCGGUCCCUGCAUCCCUCUGAUUGAAGUCUUUCGUGACCAGGAGCAGCAGUUUGUGCUUGUAUUUCCCUUUAUGCCGUGCACCCUGGCAGACCUCCUCGACAAAGGUCCUCUUCCUCUCGCCGACGUCCGGGCCAUCUUCACCGACGCUCUUCUCGCCUUGAGAGAUAUCCACGCGCAGGGCAUCAUCCACCGCGACAUCAAGCCGUCUGCAAUUCUUCUGGCCUCUCCAACUGGUCCAGCCUACCUCUCCGACUUUGGCACUGCUUGGCACCCCGAGCUUUCCGCUUACUCCGAGCCGCCCAACGACAAGAUUCUCGACAUUGGGACCGGCGCUUACCGUACCCCGGAGACUCUUUUUGGGAAUAAAUCGUACGGACCGCCCGUGGACAUGUGGGGAUUGGGAGUUAUGCUAUCAGAAUCCAUCCGAGACCCUCCGAUGCCUGUCUUUGAGUCCCGUCCAGCUCACGAGGAUGGCAACCAGCUGGGCCUCAUUCUCAGCAUCUUCAAGACACUAGGCACACCUACGCCGGAGACAUGGCCUGAAGCCAAGGCAUUUAAGAUUUCACCUUUUGAGCUCUGGACCGUCUUCCCAGCUCGACCGUGGGACGUCAUUCUUCCUGACGUGGACCCCGACUUGAGACAUCUCGUCGCGUCGCUCGUCCGGUACGACGGCCAGAGAGCCACCGCUGAACAGGCGCUGGAGCAUCACAGUCUCAAAACAGGUCGCCAGUGAUGAGAUGCAUGCGUUGAAACCUGGCUUCGACCACGAACCACCUUCUUAGAUAUGACGGCUCAACAGUGAAGCAACUAUUCAAUACGCUCAACAUAGCUGCGCCCAAUAAUUCCCG